AUGCCAACAACCCAACCUAAUGUGCAUGAAAACAUAAACAGUCUUUUCUUGCCUCCGCCAUAUCAACCAUCUUCAAGUUCCAUAGUUCUGAACCAAUUUCAGAAUGGUCCGCAGCCCUUCGUUAUUUCAGGAAUCUUCACUAACGGUCAGCCGAUUCAAGGAAAUAUACAGACAGUGGAUCCAAUUGUAGGAACAAAAUCUAGGAGCUUUACUACAGAGGCAAAAACACUAGGGGCGAUGCAGAUCACAAUUGGAUUGUUCCAUUUUGGCCUCGGAAUUGUUUUGGGUUUAUUAUGCAUUAAUUAUCUAAAUGUUAUGACAUUCUGGUCCCUGGCUUUUUUUACCGGGUAUCCGUUCUGGGGCGGCCUCUCCUUCAUUAUCACUGGUGCUCUCUCUGUGGCAGCAAUCAAUCAGCCUAAUCUUUGUCUGAUACGAGGCAGCCUAGGAAUGAACAUCAUGAGUGCUAUCUUUGUCUUCUUUGGAGUGAUUUUUCUGCUAAUAGAUGAGGGCAUUAACGGGACAUACCAACAAGACUUCUGGGCAGUGCUUUCUGGGAGAGGAAUUUCAGCCUUACUGGCUAUCUUCUCUGUUGUGGAGUUUAUCAUAAAUUGCAUCACUGUCCAUCUUGCCAAACAAGCAAUCCGCACCAGUGAGUUAUGA